AGCCCGCGCUAGGGUCUGGGGGCGCUGCUCAGCGGCGCUGGGCUGGCGCGGCUCGAGCCGCGGCUGCACUGACAGCGCCGUCUGCGGACCAUGGAGACUGGCGCCGGCCCGCAAGCGCUGCGCCUGCUGGUCUGCCUGAUGCCUCUCUGUCUCGCACUGCUUUUGGGAUGCGGGCGGCCCGGGACUGCCGAGGAAGUCAUUCUUCUGGAUUCCAAAGCCUCCCAGGCUGAGCUGGGUUGGAUUGCACUGCCUAGCAAUGGGUGGGAGGAGAUCAGUGGCGUGGAUGAACACGACCGUCCCAUCCGCACAUACCAAGUGUGCAAUGUGCUGGAGCCCAACCAGGACAACUGGUUGCAGACGGGAUGGAUCAGCCGCGGCCGUGGGCAGCGCAUCUUUGUGGAGCUGCAGUUCACACUUCGCGAUUGUAGCAGUAUCCCUGGCGCUGCAGGCACUUGCAAGGAGACCUUUAACGUCUACUACCUGGAAACUGAGGCUGACCUGGGCCGUGGGCGUCCCCGCCUGGGAGGUAACAGACCCCGCAAGAUUGACACGAUAGCAGCUGAUGAGAGCUUCACGCAGGGUGACCUGGGUGAACGCAAGAUGAAGCUGAACACAGAGGUGCGUGAGAUCGGCCCGCUUAGCCGGCGAGGUUUCCACCUGGCUUUCCAGGACGUAGGCGCAUGCGUGGCACUGGUCUCCGUGCGUGUCUACUACAAGCAGUGCCGUGCUACAGUGCGGGGCUUGGCUGUGUUCCCAGCCACCGCGGCUGAGAGCGCCUUCUCCACGUUAGUGGAAGUGGCCGGGACGUGCGUAGCACACUCGGAAGGGGACCCUGGUAGCCCUCCGCGCAUGCACUGUGGUGCUGAUGGCGAGUGGCUGGUGCCUGUGGGCCGCUGCAGCUGCAGUGCAGGAUUCCAGGAGCGUGGUGACAUCUGCGAAGCCUGCCCCCCAGGGUUUUACAAGGUGUCCCCGCGGCGACCCCUCUGCUCUCCGUGCCCGGAGCACAGCCGGGCCCUGGAAAACGCUUCCACGUUCUGCGUGUGCCAGGACAGCUACGCGCGCUCGCCCACCGACCCGCCCUCAGCCUCCUGCACCCGGCCACCGUCGGCGCCCCGGGACCUGCAGUACAGCCUGAGCCGCUCCCCGCUGGCGCUGCGGCUGCGCUGGCUGCCCCCGGCCGACUCCGGCGGCCGCUCCGACGUCACCUACUCGCUGCUGUGCCUGCGCUGCGGCCGCGAGGGCCCGGCGGGCGCGUGCGAACCGUGCGGGCCGCGCGUGGCCUUCGUGCCGCGCCAGGCCGGGCUGCGGGAACGCGCCGCCACGUUGCUGCACCUGCGGCCCGGCGCGCGCUACACCGUGCGUGUGGCGGCGCUCAACGGCGUCUCGGGCCCGGCGGCCGCCGCGGGAGCCACCUACGCGCAGGUCACCGUCUCCACCGGGCCCGGGGCACCCUGGGAGGAGGAUGAGAUCCGGAGGGACCGAGUGGAGCCCCAGAGCGUGUCCCUGUCAUGGCGGGAGCCCAUCGUGGCUGGAACCCCCGGGGCCAACGGCACAGAGUAUGAGAUCCGGUACUACGAGAAGGGUCAAAGUGAGCAAACUUACUCCAUGGUGAAGACAGGGACACCUGCAGUUACUGUCACCAACCUGAAGCCAGCUACCCGCUACGUCUUCCAGAUCCGGGCCGCUUCACUGGGGCCCUCCUGGGAGUCCCAGAGCUUCAACCCCAGCAUUGAAGUGCAGACCCCAGGGGAGGCCACUCCAGGGUCGAGAGACCAGAGCCCCGCAGUUAUGGUCACUGUGGUGACCAUCUCGGCCCUCCUCGUCCUGGGUUCUGUGAUGAGUGUCCUGGCCAUUUGGAGGAGGCCCUGCAGCUAUGGCAAAGGAGGUAGUGAUGCCCAUGAAGAAGAGGAGCUGUAUUUCCACUUCAAAGUCCCAACACGUCGCACUUUCCUGGAACCCCAGAGCUGUGGGGACCCGCUGCAGGCUGUGCACCUGUUUGCCAAGGAGCUCGAUGCAAAAAGCAUCAUGCUGGAGAGGAGCCUGGGAGCAGGGCGGUUUGGGGACCUGUGCUGCGGCUGCUUGCAGCUACCUGGCCGCCAGGAGCUGCCUGUGGCAGUGCACACGCUGAGAGAUGGCUGCUCAGACUCGCAAAGGCUCAGCUUCCUGGCCGAGGCCCUCACCCUGGGCCAGUUUGACCACAGCCACAUUGUGCGCCUGGAGGGGGUUGUCACCAGAGGAAGCCCCUUGAUGAUUGUUACUGAGUACAUGGGCCAUGGGGCCCUGGACAGCUUCCUCAGGCGUCAUGAGGGGCAGCUGGUGGCUGAGCAGCUGAUGGGGCUCCUGCCUGGACUGGCAUCAGCCAUGAAGUACCUGUCGGAGAUGGGCUAUGUCCACCGGGGCCUCGCCGCCCGCCGUGUGCUGGUCAGCAGUGGCCUCCUCUGUAAGCUGUCUGGUUUUGGGCGGGGCCCCCGCGACCGAGCAGAGGCUGUCUAUACCACCAUGAGUGGCCGGAGCCCGGCGCUCUGGGCUGCCCCUGAGACACUUCAGUUUGGCCACUUCAGCUCUGCCAGUGAUGUGUGGAGCUUUGGUGUGGUCAUGUGGGAGGUGAUGGCCUUCGGUGAGCGGCCCUACUGGGACAUGUCUGGCCAAGAUGUGAUCAAGGCUGUGGAAGAUGGCUUCCGGCUGCCGCCCCCUAGGAACUGCUCCUCCGCCCUGCACCGACUGAUGCUUGACUGCUGGCAGAAAGACCCGGCUGAGCGGCCCAGGUUCUCCCAGAUCCACAGCAUCCUGAGCAAGAUGGUGCAGGAUCCAGAACCCUCGAAGUGUGCCACAAGCACCUGUCCCAGGCCUCCCACCCCCCUGGCGGACCGUGCCUUCUCCACCUUCCCCUCCUUUGGCUCCGUGGGGGCCUGGCUGGAGGCCCUGGACCUGUGCCGCUACAAGGACAGCUUUGCAGCAGCUGGCUAUGGGACCUUGGAGGCUGUGGCUGAGAUGACCUCCCAGGACUUGGUGAGCCUGGGCAUCUCUUCAGCGGAGCACCGAGAGGCCCUCCUGAGUGGGAUCAGCGCCCUGCAGGCCCGAGUGCUGCAGCUGCAGGGCCAGGGGGUGCAGGACAAAUAAAAACUUGUUCGUGAUAUUAUGCUUGAGUGGCAGUUUCUU